CCAUGCGCAGUGGGGGAUUUGGCAAGAUGGCGGCGGGGCCACUGUAGGAGGCAGAGCUGAGAGUUUCAUUAGGACGUACAGUGUGCGGCGCCUGCUAUAGAGUCGGAAGUGUUAGACACCGGUACAAUAACUCGCAUCGUGGACACUGCUCACUGCACCAGCGGGGAUCUGGACCGGACAGUGCAGGACACAUGCGCCGGAGCGGUCCCUGGGAUCCACUGUCAGCACCGAGGGAAGCAUCCCGGGGCCCCUGAGGGCCGGGAGCGGGGCCCCUAAGGACCCGGAGUCAAGAUGAAGUUUGCAGAGCAUCUCUCUGCUCACAUCACCCCGGAGUGGAGAAAACAGUACAUCGAAUAUGAGGCCUUCAAGGAAAUGCUGUAUGCGGCACAAGAUCAGGCCCCUUCCAUAGAUGUAACAGAUGAAGACACUGUCAAGAGAUAUUAUGCCAAAUUCGAAGAAAAAUUCUUCCAGGCGUGUGAGAAGGCCCUUGCCAAAAUUAACACCUUUUAUUCAGAAAAGUUAGCAGAAGCACAGCGACGCUCAGCCACGCUACAGAAUGAGCUUCAGUCAUCAUUGGAAGCUCACAGAGAAAGCAGCCGGGUACCCAUCGUCAGGAACCGCAGGAAGGCUGUAUUCACCUUAUCACACGAGGAGCGUGUCCAGCACAGAAAUAUCAGGGACCUGAAGCUAGCAUUCAGCGAGUUCUAUCUCAGCCUGAUACUACUGCAGAACUACCAGAAUCUUAACUUCACAGGGUUCCGAAAAAUACUAAAGAAACAUGACAAGAUCUUGGACACUACACGAGGGGCAGACUGGCGCGUGGCUCAUGUGGAAGUGGCACCGUUCUACACCUGCAAAAAAAUAAAUCAGCUGAUCUCUGAAACAGAGACUGUAGUGACCAACGAUUUAGAAUCUGGGGACAGGCAGAAAGCCAUGAAACGACUUCGAGUGCCACCCCUUGGAGCAGCCCAGCCUGCUCCAGCAUGGACAACUUUUCGAGUGGGUCUGUACUGCGGGGUCUUUAUUGUUCUGCAAAUAGCGGUCGUUGUGGCAGGUUUUAUGGUGUUGAAGAAUGAGAAUGUGUGGCCCCUGGUGAGGAUUUACAGAGGCGGGUUUCUUCUGGUGGAGUUCCUCUUCCUUCUGGGCAUAAACACCUAUGGUUGGAGACAGGCUGGGGUUAACCAUGUCCUCAUCUUUGAACUUAACCCUCGUAACAACCUCUCCCAUCAGCAUCUGUUUGAAAUUGCAGGCUUUUUGGGUAUUCUGUGGUGCCUGAGUCUGCUUUCCUGCCUUUUUGGACAGUCGUUGCAUAUACCGAUGCAGGUGAACCCGCUGGCUCUGUACGGCUUCAUGCUUAUCUUCUUAGUCAACCCCACCAAGACGUUCUACUACAAGUCUAGAUUCUGGCUUCUCAAACUGUUGUUCCGCGUCUUCACUGCUCCUUUCCAUAAAGUGGGUUUUGCAGAUUUCUGGCUGGCUGAUCAGCUUAAUAGUCUGGCGCUCAUCCUCAUGGAUCUGGAGUUCAUGAUCUGCUUCUAUAGUUUUGAGCUUAACUGGGGAGUAACCAAAGGGUUGGUCCAGAAAGAAACUGGGGUGUGUAACACAUAUUCCUACGGAGUGAGAGCUGUGGUUCAGUGUAUUCCUGCCUGGCUACGGUUUAUACAGUGCCUGCGACGAUACCGAGACACCAAACGUGCGUUUCCUCACCUUGUCAAUGCUGGCAAAUACGCCACUACCUUUUUCAUGGUCACGUUUGCUGCACUCUACAGUACUCACAAAGAGCAAAAUCACAGCGAUGCUCAAGCCUUUUUCUUCCUGUGGAUAAUAUUUUACUUUAUCAGUUCCUGCUACACACUAAUCUGGGACUUAAAGAUGGACUGGGGGUUGUUUGACCGUAAUGCAGGAGAGAACACCUUCCUCCGGGAAGAAAUUGUGUACCCCCAAAAGGCGUAUUAUUAUUGUGCAAUUAUACAAGAUGUUAUACUGCGCUUCGCUUGGACAAUUCAGAUAUCUCUAACGACCAUAAACGCCUUCACUGAUGCUUCAGAUAUCAUCGGCACUGUCCUUGGUCCACUUGAAGUCUUCCGCCGCUUUGUGUGGAAUUUCUUCCGACUUGAGAAUGAGCAUCUAAAUAACUGUGGUGAGUUCCGUGCCGUGCGAGAUAUCUCUGUGGCUCCAAUGAAUGCCGAUGACCAAACUCUGCUGGAGCAGAUGAUGGAUCAAGAGGAUGGAGUGAAGAACCGGUCUAAAAGCAAGAUAUGGAAACGCAGUCAGAGCAUAUCUCUGCGUCGACCGCAACUGCCUUCUCAGGGUAAGGGCCGAGAUGCCAAGAUUCUGAUUGAUGACACCGAUGACGAAGCUAACACAUGAAACAGCUGAUAUUGUCAUCGUCCACCCUCAGACCAUCUCAAUCAAGCUGCUGUCAUCCCCAACAUUACGGCUUUCUCUGUCCUCUCUCCACACUACGCCCUCCGGUUGGCCCUUUCCCUAAGUAAAUAAAUUUUCCAUCCACGGAGAGAGGUAACAAGAGAAGCUGCGGACAGACCUUCCCUGCCAGAGGCUACCAGAUUCAGGAUGGAAAGGACUGUCAGUGACCUGGGGGUGAUCGUCCCUCCUGUCUCCUAUUUAAUCUCUUGCCUAAUUCCAAGCAGACUUGAAUUCAUUAUUGAUUUCUCUAGCUGUGGUGCCACUUAAGUACACCAGCCCGUGCUGGCAACGUUCUCACUUUCACAGCUGUUGAUUUAUGUCUUACAUCCAUCACUCUCCCUUCUUUUACAUCCCAACUCACCCUUGUUUGCAUUACAUGAUGGAUAUUUUUUUUGUGUGUGUGUUUGUUCCCACCCCCCAGCAGUGCUGUGUGGGGUCCCAAAAGUGGCUGGGGGAGUGACAGAGAAAAGAGGGAUAUCGUCCCUAUCUUGUACAUCUUCAUCAAUCCAUUGUUUUAAACCAAAGUCUAUUUUCUCUUAAUCUUACUCCUACUUGACUUUUUUGUUUUCACCCCCUCCUCCUGGAUUUGUUCAGAUCUGGAUGCUGGUUUUAUUGGCGCACAGCCAUUUCAUCAUCUGACAGAAGCCAGUGCCUUUUCCGUGCAGGGCACGCGCCAGUCCUGCCAAGGGCCUGUAUUCUGCUCUUUGUAAGAGCUGUGCACUCCGUUUCAUAGCCUCAACAUGCACUGGGGAACAGCGCUGCUUAACCACUUUGUUGCUGAGCAUUUAGGUGGGGUUGAUAGUUGACGACCUCCACAGCAGUGUGAUUAAAGUCUACCUUCUCCCAGUUUACUGUCAGAUAAACAUGUCAACAGUGCAUAGGUUGGUGUGGCACAUACCCCAGUAUCUUAUUGCGGCCUUCUGGGUUAAAUCCAUGUUUGCCAGCAGAUUUGAUCAGAAGUGCUGUUAAAAUGUAUUAGUUCCCCCAGGUUUAGUCCUUAAUACAAAAUGUACACGUUUCAUUAAUGUUACAGAGCUGCCCGGCCUUAUAACUAGUUUGCUUUCUCCAGUUAGUGCAAGGACAAUCUUUACUCUAGACCUCCUUAUGGUGACAGUUUACCUCUUAUUAGAUCCCUUCCUGUCAUAGCCCUUCUCCCCAUCCUCGGAAUGAGGUUACAAAGGAGCAGUGCUACGCUUGUCGCUGUGGUUUGUGACCUCUACUUGUCUUGCUGUAGCUUUGUAUGUGCAUUGCUGUUCAGCUUGGCUUCUCUUGUCCGUGUGCAUGCUUUGUUCCUUGCUUGUCACAUGGGGAUUAUUUGUGCUUUUUAGAAAGGGGCUUAGCUGCUGAGUGUAGGGAGAGGGCACCAGUUGCUCUUCCGGUACAGCCCUAAAAACUGUAACCUGAGAAACCACUUCCCUUAUAGCUGAGGUGCCAACAUUUAUUAUAAUUAAAACCAUCUGUAGCUCCCAAAAUUAGCUGCUCUACCUGGAGAAGCUGAAAUGAUAUUGCAGCACAUUUUAGCCUUUGUUCACCCAAAAUGCAACCCCUCCAGUACCUCUCCAACUCAUCCGCAUCACAUGGUUUCCCUACAACACCAUGACUAGAGGUCUAGGUCAUUUUCUUACAAAUUCUGAGGAUGCCUUCAGAUGCACUUGUAGCAUUUCUAACUCAAACACUUGUGACUUUGCUGAUCACAUUCCCUAAACAUCUUGCAGCUGUUUUUCUUCACAGAAGUGUCUAUUGCAAUGGGGACAAAUAACCGUGUUUGGAUAACUAACAACGAUACGACGAUCAUUUUAUUGCCGAACAAAAAAACUGCACCCUACAAACAUGCAGCGGUUGUUUUUUCCUAUCCAGGGUGCUGCUACCGAUACCCUUGUUGUUUUUUUGUACAUAGUGGGAGACGUGAAAUUGUUCCUUAGUUAUAAAGGACGUUUUAAGUUAACCGGAGCUCCCUCCCUGCCUCAGGCAAAAGCCGGACUCAAAACUUGUGACAAAUGUGUUCUACUUGUGAAGAUGUGAUGUAAGUCUGUGCAACAAGGAAGUCGCAUAUGGAAGAGGGACACGGAAAUACAGGGAAUAAAGGAGAAUCUAAGCACACUCCGUCUCUCCCUGCUCCCCUCUCCAGCUUUCCCCACUGUGAAGCUUUCUUCCUGGUAGAUGUCUUCAGUAUAAGCACUGUGACUUGUUCUAUUUCUGGUGCAUUCCUAUCCCUUGCCCCUUCCAUAUGUCUUUUUUUCCAUGUUUUUCUCUUUACCUUUAUUUUGUUGUUUUUCCUCUCCAUGUCUUGCAUACUCCCCAGUGGUUCUUUACACUUUGAUAGUAGAGACCACGGACUGCGCCCUGCUUGCUUGUCUCUCUGUGACUGUGCUUCUAGCUUUCUAUUCCCCUUUGAUGGAUAUAAAGUACCUUUUUUUUAAUACUGUGGAGUACUUUCUGGUCAGUAGGAACAUUUGGCACAAAGUGCUUCUGGUUUGUAGAUUGUAUAAAACAGAAAUUUAUGUGGCUUUAUGUGUUCUUUUCUUUUUUUUGUUUUUUUUUUGGUAAAAGAAAAAAGAAA